GAAACAGUUUCGUGCUGUGUAAUGGCCUUCACCUUUUGCAUUCGGUAAACUCCGUAUUGACUUCGUGAUGUCCCGUGAAUAAGAAAGCAAGCCAAGAUGUCGGACAAACUACCAUGGGGACUGACUUCAGACGGGCUCACACCCGGUUCCAUGAAGUCAAUAUCCGAAAACAAACUAAAGGCAUUUAGCAUUGGCAGUAUGAACUUACCAAAGAAAGGCAUGACAAAGAAAGAACAAGAAGUCUUCAAGAAAAAGGAAGAAGAAGCCGCUGCCGCCAAAGCAUAUGAAGAUUUUGUUGCAUCGUUUGAAGAUACAGGAAAGCUUACCAAGACAUGGGUGAAAGGUGGCCUUGCAGGAGAUAAAGAUGGUGUUAAAAGCAAGAAAGGACUUUAUAAACCAACUUCUAAACUGGCAGAGCUAGCAGCAACAUUUUCUACGUCCAAGAAAGAAAAGGAGAAACCUCCAGAAAGACCUCCAUUGCCAAGUAAAAAGAAAAAGAUGGAAGAGAAAAGAAAAAGCAAUUUAGAAAUCUUCAAAGAAGAACUCAGACAAAUGCAAGAAGAACGGCAAGAACGUCACAAAUUAAAGAAACAGAUGGACGACUAUGAAGAAGGCCUAAAUAACAGACGUAAGACACGCUUUGAACCGGAAAAACCACCCAUGACACCUUCAGAACUGGCAUCUCUAAGAAACCAAAUUGAGAAGGACGAGUUCAAAUAUGACACAGAUACGGAGACAACAAACCUGUAUCUAGGCAACCUAAAUCCUAAACUUACUGAGCAACAACUCUGUGAAUUAUUUGGAAAAUACGGCCCAUUAGCUAGCGUCAAGGUCAUGUGGCCAAGGUCAGAGGUCGAGAGGUCACGUGGUAGGAACUGCGGCUUUGUGGCCUACAUGAACAGGAAAGAUGGAGAGAGGGCGUUGGCGGCCCUGAAAGGGAAGGAUAUAAUGACAUUUGAAAUGAAGUUAGGUUGGGGGAAGGCGGUCCCAAUACCGCCCCACCCCGUGUAUAUACCCCCCUCUAUGGUAGAAUUGACCCUGCCUCCCCCACCCUCGGGGCUACCAUUCAAUGCUCAACCACGGAAGAAACGAUACCAGGAUGUACGCGAAGACAAUGGAGAGAAGGGUUAUGGCAAUGUUCCGCCACCAGAGGGACAGGAGGCGCCAUCUAGGGAGGAGAAUUCAAUUGAACAGACCAUUUCCAACGCUGUCGUCAAAGUGGUCAUUCCUACGGAAAGGACUCUGCUGUGUGUCGUCCACAGGAUGAUCGAGUUUGUCGUUCGAGAGGGUCCAAUGUUUGAGGCAAUGAUAAUGAACAGAGAGAUCAACAACCCUAUGUACAGGUUUCUAUUUGAGAACCAGAGUCCAGCUCAUGUCUACUACAGGUGGAAACUCUUCUCCAUUUUACAAGGAGACACACCCACAAAGUGGACAACCGAUGACUUCUACAUGUUCAAAGGGGGCAGCAAGUGGCGCCCUCCAGCGAUGAACCCUUACACUAGUGGUAUGGAUGAGCGACUCGUUAGAGAUCGGGAGCAAACUGACGCUGGACCCAAGAAAGGACAAUUAACAGACUCACAAAGAGACAGACUGGAAGACAUGCUGCGUGAUAUGACCCCAGAGAGAGUCAAAGUUGGAGAUGCUAUGGUAUGGUGCCUCGAUCAUGCAGAGGCUGCAGAAGAAAUAGUCGAGUGUGUUCAAGAGUCUUUGUCUAUUUUGGAGACUCCAUUGCCUAAAAAGAUUGCCAGACUGUUCCUGAUCUCUGAUAUUCUCUACAAUAGCAGUGCUAAGGUGCCAAAUGCCUCUUUCUUCAGAAAAUAUUUUGAGAACAAGUUAGCAGAAGUAUUCAGAGACCUACACAUGUAUUAUAAUAACAUUGAAGGAAGACUAAAGGCAGAACAGUUUAAACAAAAGGUGCAGAGCUGUUUCCGAGCUUGGGAGGACUGGACAGUUUACCCGAAUGACUUCCUAAUAAGGCUACAAAACCUCUUCCUCGGUCUAACCACCAUCAAGGAUGAGAGUUCUCCAGAACCUGAUCGAGACUUUGACGUCAUCCAGCCUCUUUCUGAAGAUAUAGAUGGCACUCCGGCAGAUUUAGAUGGCAUCCCACUAGGUGGCCUCAACAAAAGUUUAGUCGGAGAUUACGAAGAUGUAGAUUUAGAUGGAAUGCCAAUGGAAAAUAAGGAGGAUCUCGAUGGUCAGCCAUUGGAGGAUCAAAACCCCGCCCCCACUCCUGCUGUCAUGAAAUUCAAACCCUCGAAGUGGGAAACAGUCGAUGAGGAUGACCUUGAACGUCAAGCUGUCACGACAUCAAAGUGGGAAAUGUUUGAUGCCCCAGAAGAAAAAACGAAGGAAGAGGACGUCGAUGGAGACCCAAUGGAGGAUGAUUACCAAGAUAUAGAUGGCAGCCCGAUGAGUUCUAGUAUGGGGCACUCCAGAGAGGGCUCUGCCGGAGAAGUAUAUUUCUCCAGAGGGGAGAUGACAGAGGAGAGAAGAGCCAAGCUUCGAGAAGUUGAGGUGAAGGUGAUGAAGUACCAGGAUGAACUUGAGGCUGGCAAACGAUCUAGAAAAUCUGAAUACACAAUAUCUCAGCAAAUCCAACAUUAUAGGAAAAAGCUAUUGCAAAAGGAAGAAGAAAAAGAACGAAAGUUAGAGAAAGAUCGUCAGAAAGAGAAAAAAUCUGACGGUCGGAGAAGACAAGAUGACUGGGAGCGAAAUAAAGACAGGGAAAGGGAACGAGACUACAGAGAGAGAGAAAAGAGAGAAAGAGAUCCAGAUAGGAGAGAAAGAGAGCGGGAUAGGAGAGAAAGGGAUAUGCAUAGAGACAGGUCUUCAUCCAGUGAACCAGAUGGACCUGGUCUGGUGCCUUACUCAAGAAAUAGCAGUGCGUCACCUACUGUUCAAAUGUCCGGCUACAGUUAUAGUCCAGAAUCAUUGAGUCUCUCAAGCAGGAAGUCACGUCAUAGGUCAAGGUCAAGGUCGCCUAAAUCAAAAAGAUCAAAAUCAGAUAGGAGAAAACAUAGGUCAAGGUCAUCCAGUCCUAGAAAAUAUAGAAGGUCACCAUCACCUCAAAGGUCAGAUUCAAGGUCACCCAGUCGGCAUAAAUCCAAGCACAAGAAACGAAAGAGAUGAACAGACUUUUUAUUGCGUUUUAAAAUAAUUUUUGACUGUGACUCAAUAUACAGAUUCUAACUGUUGUACACCUGUUGGGUGGGAUCCCUGGUUGAUGGAUAACUCAGUGGCAAUGUUCACUGUUAACCACCAAGUGGUAAAAAUAAGAAUAUCCCAGGAAAGUAUGGAUAGGGAUAUGCCAUGAUACUGAAAAUAACAAGUUGGUAUGUGAAGCAUCUAGAUAGAUCUGGAAUGGCAAGUGGGAGUGUAAAGUGGGUAAAAUGAUUUUAUAAAAAAUUAAAUUCUCAAUGUAUGGCCUAAAGUAAGUGAGGAGUGACCUGGGCAGAGUCUCCUGAGAGAUACACCAGUGUGAAACAUAAAAAUGUAAAAAUUGAAUGCAUGAAUUGAAUGAGUUGCAAUAUUGAAUUUCUCCAUAGCUGCAAAAAUUGAAAUCAGACCUCGAGAAUAAGGCACUUGAAUUAUUAAGGGAAUUUAUGAAUUAAUGAAAAGAAUGGCGAUUUAAUUAAUAUUUUACAUUGUUCAAUUGGUAAAUUCAAUUUGGUAAAAAAAAAAUUGGUAAAAUUUCCAUUAUUAAUAAAAGUGAAUGUGUAGUCUCAGUAUAUUGUUCAAAUGGAAAAAAUUGGCAAAAUUUCCAAUGUUUAUAUAAAAGUUUGCUUUUUGAUAUUGAGUAUUUCAAUAGCUGGUUUGUUAUAAUAAGUUAAACUAAUGUUUUGAUGUUAAUGGGGAAGAUAUGAAUUAUGUUGAGAAAUGAGUUGCUCAACUUUACAUCUCAAUAAAACCUCUAUCUGUUGCUAAAGUAUAUGAAGAACUCAAUUUCAA